UUGAUGGACAACCUAAAUUAAUUUAUCUUCUUGCAGUCUUUUGCCGAUUAGAUCACAAGACGAGUUUACCCAGUGCACAUCCUAGGUAGUAGAGUUGCAGGCUACUUCAGCUUUCACUAGGUAGAGGAGUGGACUUGGAUGAUGGAUGGUCAAGUUGGGUCUUCACAACACCAGCAGUUAGUAGAACUCCAUUGCUUUGAUGAAGCGGCAGACUAUCUAUAUGAGGAGCUAUGGAAGGCUUGUGCAGAUCCCUUGAUGUGUGUUCCUACUUGUGGACAGAGGGUGUUCUAUUUUCCUGGAGUUCACAUGGAUCAACUGGAUAACUCAACCAAUCCAGAAGUAAUUGAUCAACAACAAAUUUCCAAUCUUCCUCCAAAAGUCCUUUGCCGUGUGGUUAAUGUUCAACUAUUGGCUAAGCAAGAAACAGAUGAGGCGUACGCGCAAAUUACUUUAAUCCCUCAACCAUUUGAAACUGGAGUGAAUACUGUUGAUCCUUGCCUUCAUGAGUCUCCAAGGUCCCAAUUUCACUCUUUCAGCAAGGUUUUAACUACGUCUGAUACACGUAGUAACUGGGGUCUGUGUAUACCUCGGAGAGAUGCCAUUAACUGCUUUCCUGCCCUGGACACUACACAAGAGAAAUCGAGCCAGAUGCUUAUAGCCAGGGAUAUUCAUGGUAGUGAUUGGUGUUUUCAGCAUGUAUUCAGAGGCCAUCCUCCAAGACAUUUGUUGCUUACUAAAGGUUGGAAAGCAUUUGUUAAGAGUAAGGAGUUAGUUGCCGGGGACUCAUUUGUCUUCAUAAGGGGAGAGAAUGGGCAAAUGCAUGUUGGGGUUAGACGUCUUGUUUACCAGCAAAGCUGUGUUGGAUUGUCAAGAACCUCUAGGCAAACCAAACAAGUAUUGGGUGCAGUCAUAUCUCAAGCUAUUGCCACCCAAACUCUUUUUGUGGUCAAUUAUGAAGCACGGACAAGUCAGUGCAUUAUAAGCUUGAACAAACAUUUACAAUCAGUUGCCAGUGGCAUAAAUCUCAGUGUGUACUAUGAGGGAGAAGGAUACCAACACAGAAGAAGUGAGGGGAAUGACGAACAAAUGGAAGAAGUAGAUGGGACAAUCUAUCCUCUUCCACAACCAACCACAAUAUCUUCUGAGGUUGAUUGGGAAGGGUUAUAUGAUAUCCUUGAAUCCCCUGAUCCUCUGGAGUUGGACCAUGAAGGAGGUACUGGGGAGAACGAUGAAAGAUUUAAUAAUUUGGGCAAUCAAGAUUUUGAGGAAUGGGAAGAAGAGCAAGGACAAGAUCCGUCUCCCAUCCUGCAGCACCAUGGAGAAGAGUCUGGUAUGGGGGAUAUACCCAUGGCUAUCCAAGAAGGCUCCUUACAGGCUAUGGAUAUCUCAUCUAUCCCAAGCCAGAUUCCAUAUGGUGGCCCCGGUCGUGGGGAUGAGAAAAUCCCCUGGGGAGGGUACCUUGUAGCCCAGCGGUGUAUCCCAACACUUAAUAGGGUCAUAUCAAGGUACCCUGAUUCUUUAUUAGGCUUCAAGCCCUGGAGCAAUGCUGUCAAACCAACGUUUUUGGAGGUUUUGGCAGAGUUAGUGUACUUGCUUGAGCGUUUCACAGUAGAGAGCCUGGGCAGGUCCAGGGACGAGUUCAACACUGCUAAGCAAUUCCUCUGGGACCUGAAGAACAGUGGGAUCAAUGUAAACUGGGUUGAAACUCGACUGGUGCAAAUUGAUGAAGCACUGGAAAAGCAGAGUUUAAUGCAACAGCAGAAGGAACUGAUGCUUAAAUAUGAAGAGGCACGUAGCGCACUGGGGAAAGUGGAGGAGGAUCUUGGAUCAGUGAAUAUGCAACUAGAGGAGUUGUCUUCCCACAAUCAUCAUCCUGCUACAAACAAACCUAUUCUUGAGGGUUUACUAUAAUCUGCAUUUUUAGCCCUGCACCAUCUGAUUUAUUGUGGAUGCCCCUAACAACUGCAGAUUUAAUUUCACACAGUGGAAGAAGGUCUUCUACUUUUCUUUAGCCUACCUUGUUUUUCUUAACAGAUUUUUCUAGUACAAAUUUAAACAUUCUAUUUAGCCAAGAUUGUGAACUGGCCCACUAUGGGAUCAUUCAGCAUACUUGAUUAGGGAUUUAAGUGUACACCAUUCUCUCUUGAGAAUUUAAUGUAUACUAAAUGCAAAUAACCAUGUAUUCAUCUUGUCAUUA